CAAGAUUAAUUAUAAGUUUCCAGUCAUAGUUUUAAAGUUUCUUCUUGUAAAACCAAAAGCAAUGAUGUCAGAAUCUUAUUCAAACAUCCUAGUAAAAAUGUAUUAUUAUCCCUACCUUGCAAAGUUUUUUAAACCGUUUUUAAUUAAAAGCACAUGUACGUCAUCAUGUCAUCUGCCUCUCCCCCCCUCUCGAUUUGUUGUUGGUUUAGAUUAAUUUGCAGCGUACAAACCAUAGAAUGUACUUUCCCUGUUUAUGUACUUCCCACCACACACGCCAAGAUGACGCUUGCGUUGGGUAAUUCCAAUCUCAUGUCACAGUGCAGAUGAUCGCAGUGAGUGACCGAGCGCCGAGAUAUAAAGAGGCUGCAAUUACUGACGUUUUGCACGGUGUGCUUUACCAUGCGGAUUUUUCAAUGGAUAUCUACACUACUAACAGUUAUUUAUGUUUCAGAAACCAGUUUAGUGACCUUGAACCUCUGUGUAGAAGAAUAUCUUGCGCUCACUUAUAUUGUGUGUAUUGGUUCUGGAUAUGCACAAACUUAUGAAUGUGGAUUAGACAAAUUUCGAUGCUACAAUGGAGACUGUAUAGCUGGCGACUUAUUGUGCGAUGGCACACCACACUGUAGGGAUUUGUCUGAUGAAACAGAGGCAGAGUGUACAAAGCCAGAGAUUCUGUGUCAUAGGUAUGCCUUUCGUUGCAACUAUGGUGCCUGUGUAAAUGGAGAUUCCAUAUGUAAUGGCGUCCAAGAUUGCAUUGACAACAGUGACGAAACGCAGCCUCAGUGCACAAAAAAUACAACAAACAAUCAAACAGAAAGACCUACAAGCAGACCUAUAAGCAGACCUAAUAGAUGUACUACAAAUCAAAUUACAUGCGAUAACGGCGAGUGUAUUCAUAAGGACAAUAUGUGUAAUGGAAUUCAAGAUUGUGCGGAUGGUUCUGACGAAACUUCUGAAAAAUGCAGAUCAAUAUAUUGUCCUCCGACAGCUUUCCGUUGUUCUUAUGGAGCAUGUAUCAAUGGUGAUCUACGAUGUAAUGGAGUAAUUGAAUGCGUCGAUGGAUCAGACGAGGAUUCGAGAUGCAGCGAAACAGGGUGGCCAUCACCUUUACCGACGGUACGACCAACAACGGAAACAACACGAUGGCCUAUAUCGAGUCCAACACCAACACGUGGUACAAACGCUUGUAGAGCACCUCCGCAACCGCAGAAUGGUCAUUGGAAAUUACAUCGAUCACAAUGUUCAAGUGGACAAGAAUGUAACGUUCCAGAAGGAACGGAACUGGGAUUAGGAUCUCAUCUCGUCUAUUCUUGCAAUUCGGGAUAUAAAUUAAGAGGUCCAACUGACGUGAGCUGCAGUUUCGAGGGAAAAUGGCUUAAUAUACCAGUUUGCACAGAAAUACGCUGCAAAGCUUUGACUACAGCAUCAAUCGAAGCUAGAUGUACAUACGAUGACGAAUGGAUAUCUUGUGAAUCUCCAGUUCCACCAAGAACAAAAGCGGUAUUAGAAUGUCAAAAUAGUUAUCGACCUGAAACUAAUCUAUUAACCGGGCAAAGAAAAAAUGUGAGAUGUAAUGCAAAUGGUCAAUGGGAACCAGAACCUAUGCGAUGCAUUCCAGUAUGUGGCACUCUUCCUCCCGAUGUUACACCGACUAUUGUAGGCGGUGUACGGCCGAAUAUCACGGAAUUUCCGUGGCACGCUACGAUGUAUCGCAAUAUAGGCAAGUCAAAGAAAUUCUUCUGUGGAGCGAGCAUUAUUCAAGAUAAUCUCUUGAUAACGGCAGCGCAUUGUGUAUAUGAUGAGAUCAAUAGACAACCAAUUAAUGCCAGAUCAAUUUAUAUAUUAACGGGAAAUAUUUAUCGUGAUUAUGAUUAUGCUCAUAAUCCAACCCUCGUUAAAAAGAAUCAGGUGAAACAUAUUUACAUCGUACGUAAUUAUCUAGGACUUAUAGGAAAUUAUCUCUGGGAUAUCGCAAUACUAGAACUCGUUAGACCAUUUAUAUUGUCAACUUGGUUGGUUCCCAUAUGUAUAGAUACUUUAAGCGAUAGAAGUGUAUUGGAAGCAGGCUCUUAUGGAAAGGUAGCAGGAUUUGGUAGAACCGCAUUUGGUGAAUCUAGCGCAAUUUUACAGGCUUUAACAGUACCUGUAAUUCCGCUCAGCCAAUGUAGAUCCGCUAGCCAAAAUGCUAAUACAGAACAAUUUAUUACCAAUGAUAAAUUUUGUGCAGGUUAUACAAAUGGUUCUUCUGUCUGCGAUGGUGACAGUGGUGGCGGAUUAGUCUUUAAAACUAAUCGUUUGUGGUAUCUUCGAGGUAUUGUUAGUGUUUCCCUUGGCACGAUACAAAAGGAUGGAACUGCUUAUUGUGACAAUAACUUGUAUUCCUUAUAUACAGAAAUAUCCAGGCAUAUUUCAUGGAUACAAGAUGUAAUUACAAAAAUAGAACAAAAUCAGACACAUAUAUUAUGUUCAAAUGAAUCUCAAACGAGAUGUUCUUAAAUUUAUUGAUGAUACCAUCAGU